AUGGCUCGCAUUUCUGCUCUCCUCCUCUCGCUCCUUACAGGUCAGGCGUAUGCUCAUACUUUCAUUUGGGGUGUCUUCGUCAACGGUGUAGAUCAAGGCACGUUCAAGGGCGUCCGAAUUCCUGCGUACAAUGGCCAGAAUGGCAAAGGCGGCUACAAUAACUCGCCUGUCAAGGAUCUAGACUCCAUUGACAUGCGAUGCAACGUCAUGGGUGAUAUUCAAGCCCACGACACUAUCAAAGUUCGGCCUGGAGAUAACCUUACGUUCGACUGGCACCACGAGAUACGCAACGACACCGACGAUGUGAUCGCCAACUCACAUCACGGCCCUUCACUAAUUUAUAUCUCGCCUGAUCCACCUACAGAGAACUCCUUCGUCAAGCUUUGGCACUCCGGAAAAUACGAAAGCAAUCCCUUCCCACAAGCUGGCAAGUGGAGUACUACAAGCGACAUUGCGAAGCACUUUGGUCAUAUGAAUGUCCGGGUACCUGAAGGUCUGAAGGCGGGUCAUUAUAUCAUCCGUGCGGAGAUGGUUGGCUUACAUGAGGGUGAUGUGAGCUACGUGCAAAACCCAAAGAGAGGCGCACAGUUCUAUCCCGACUGCGUUCAGAUACUGGUCGAAGGCGAUGGCGAGGUUGAGUUACCCGAGGGUGUAAGCUUUCCAGGAGCGUACUCUUACGAGGACCCUGGCGUCGUACACAACGUAUACUGCUCUACUGAGACGAAGAAGCCAAAAACCUCCACCACUCCCUGUGUUACCGACUACGUCAUCCCUGGACCUACUGUAUGGUCCGGUGCUUGGCCUGAGACCACCGCAGUCUCUGUUGGACCCGUGACGGGUGUUACAACAGCGACUGCGUGGAGCACAUGGAUCGGAACCGAUAGCGUGGUUACGAGCGCGACGUUUGCCGAUGUCAAGAGUCAGACGAUCGUGGGGAGCUCAAAGUACACCGCUAGUUGGAGCGAAACAUAUGCUACUCCUACUUCGACGGCUGCCCGUUGGUAA